AUGAAGGUACAUUAUGCUGCUGCUAGAGCACCACGUCCCCUCCAGCUUCCUCAGAGAGCCUACUUCUCUCCCACUGUCAUGGCAGUCACUCCAUCAAUCAAAUCAUAUCAGGGUUCCAGUAGCCAGGAAAAGGAGGGGCCAAGCACUUCGCAGGCUCUGCUAGACACUGGGUCUUUGCUUAGAGAUGCCAUAGAAGAUAAGGUGGCUGAUCUGGUGGGGUUCCUGCUCCUCAAAUAUAAAACAAAGGAACCAAUCACAAAAGCGGAAGUGUUAAGUAGUGUCAUCAAAGAGUACAAGGAUCACUUUCCUAUGAUCUUUGACCAAGUAUCAGAGUGCAUGCAGCUGGUCUUUGGCAUUGAUGUGAAGGAAGUGGAUCCUACCAGCCACACCUAUGUCCUGGUCAACACCUUGGGCCUCACUUGCAAUGGGAUGUUGAAUGAUGAGCAGAGCGUGCCCAAGACUGGCCUCUUGAUAAAUAUUCUGGGUGUGAUCUUCAUGAAUGGCAACUGUGCUCCUGAGGAGGUCAUCUGGAAAAUGCUGAGUGUUAUGGGGGUGUAUGAUGGGAGGGAGCACUUCAUCUAUGGGGAGCCCAGGGAGCUCCUCACCAGAGUUUGGGUGCAGGAACAGUACUUGGAGUACCGGCAGGUCCCCAAAAGUGAUCCUGCACGGUACGAGUUCCUGUGGGGUCCCAGGGCCCAUGUUGAAACCACCAAGUUGAAAGUCUUGGAGUUUUUGACCCAGAUCAAUGAUACUAUCCCCAUGGCCUUCCCUCACUGCUAUGAGGAGGCUUUGAAAGAUGAGGAAGAGAGAUCCCAGGGCAGAUUUAUUGUCAGUGAGAAUGGGGCAGCCAGGACCAGGGUCUGGGCCUAUUCUAGAGCCACAUCCAUCAGCUUCCCUUGCCCUAAGUGA